CUCGCACGUAUAAGCAGCAAUUCUGAUAUCUACUAGCCAUAUCGCCGGCCUGCAUGUAAGCUCCACGUCCAUCGUGACCUGUCAUAACUCAGAGACAUGGCAGAGUCCCGGCACCAUAUCCGGCGCUGGAAUGCACGAUCCAUGAUGAUCCUGGACCAACACCUCGGGGUUUCCGGCUUUCGGCGCCUGCAAACCCCGCCUUUGCCUACUAUAUAAAGAACAUACCAAUCGAUCCCCGCUGCAAUCAACAGACCGUUGCAAUCCGUCCUCAGCAAGAAUCUACUACUCGAUUCGAACGAAAAACAAAAAUGUUGUUCAUCAUCGGUGUUGUACUUGGCUGCUUGCUUGUCCACUUCUUCUAUCGAGGACUGACCAGCCCUCUCGCCCAUAUCCCGGGCCCGCGCUCUUCGCGAUGGACCAGUGCGGUCUUUGCCUACUACUGCGUGCGGGGCGAGGUGGCCCAGUAUGUCCAUAGCCUGCACCGCAAAUAUGGCCCCGUCGUCCGCGUUACCCCCACGGAAGUCGACAUCUGCGAUACCAGCGCCGUCAAGCAGAUCCACAAAACCGGCAGUGCAUUCCUCAAGUCCCAGUGGUACGUCGACCUCACCCCACGAGAGAGACAGAGCACCUUUUCCACCGUCGAUCCCAAGUUCCAUGCCGCCCACCGGCGACUGCUGUCCUCACCCAUUUCCGAUGCGGCCCUGAUGACCCAUUUCGAGCCACUCAUCCGCGCCAGAGUCGGCCAAGCAAUCGAUGGACUGGACCAAGAUAUGGCAGCCACGGGAGCCGGGGAUGUGUACAAAUGGAUGCUAUUCAUGGCCACGGACAUCAUCGGGGAGAUGUCCUUCGGCGAGUCCUUCCGCAUGCUGGACUCAGGCAAGAAAAGCCAAUACAGCAAUGACCUGGAACGGAUCGCAUUGACCGGGAUCAUCCGCACCACGUUUCCGACCAUGUUCAAGCUGGCAGCGACUCUGCCGCUGCCCAUCUUCCGUGAGACAGUGAAAGCCGUGGACCGUCUGGAGUCCUACGCCGUGGCCUCCAUCGGCCGCUAUUAUGGCCUACUGAAACAGAACCCGAAGGACCCCAAGCCUACCCUGUUCACCAAACUGUAUGACGCCGGCGAGAACGGCCUCUCCAAGGACGAGAUCACCGCGGAGGCACGCACCUUCAUCGUGGCCGGUAGUGACACCACCGCCGUGACGCUGACCUACCUGAUCUACGCCGUGUGCCAGAACUCGCGGAUCCGAGACACGCUGGUCGCCGAAAUCGCGCAGCUCCCGGCGGACUUCACCGAUCGGGAUCUGCGCGGCCUGGCGUACUUGAAUCGGGUCAUUCUAGAGUCGCUCCGACUCUACAGCGCGGUUCCGUCGGCGCUGCGUCGUGCCGUGCCUGCUGGCGGGGCCCACCUCGCGGGCUAUAGUCUUCCUGCCGGGGUCACGGUGGGCACACAGUCGUAUUCUCUGCAUCGCGACGCGAAGAUCUUCGCGGACCCGGAGGAGUUCGAGCCGGAUCGAUGGGUGUCGCCCACUCAAGCGAUGAAGGAUGCUUCGCUGCCAUUUGGUGGAGGGUCGCGUGUCUGUCUGGGGAUACAUCUGGCACGAAUCGAGCUACGACUAGCCACGGCGAUGUUCUUCCGUCGGUUUCCGCAGGCACAUGUGUCGAGUCGUCAUGGGAUGAGCGAGGCAGAUAUGGUGAUGGAGACCUUCUUCCUGAUGGCGCCCAAGGGGCAUCGGUGUCUGAUCGAGGGGCGAGUUUCACAGCAGAAGGUUCAGUCUUAGGUGGUCGUGACUCUUAUACUCUGGAUGAUGAUUUUCAUGAUAAGGAUUCAAUAGCACACUGCCGUAGGUUGCAAAUGAC